AUGGAGAGACUUGGAAAGUUAUACAUUGAGAUGAUUGUUUGUUUGCAUGGUAUUCCGUCGAGUAUUGUUUCCGAUAGGGAUCCAAGGUUUACUUCGAGAUUUUGGAAAGCUUUGAAAUCGCAUAAGUUAACGUCGUGUUUUAUUAGUCUGUAUCGGAUUUCCGAGAGAGCAGGUGAGGUGGCAUAUCGGAUUGCUUUACCGCCAUCACUUGCAAAUCUUCACGAUGUAUUCCAUGUGUCUCAAUUGAGGAGAUAUGUCGAUCCAUCUCAUAUUGUCCAAUUAGAUGAUGUGCAUGUAAGAGAUAACUUGAUGGUUGACACAUCGCCGAUGCGGAUUAAAGAUCGAGAAGUGAAGAAACUUCAUGGUAAGGAGAUCGCUUUGGUAAAAGUGGUUUGGGGAGGACCGGUCAAAGGUAACGUGAUUGGGAACUUGAGUUUCGGAUGA